AUGCCACCAAAAAGAAAAACCACUUCUGAAACUUCCCAGGCCUCAAAUUCUAAAAAACACAAACUAGUAGAAAAUAUAAAUGACGUUAAAGAAGCUGGAAGUGCACCAACUGUGGAAAAUAUAGUGAAGAAAAGAGGCAGAAAGCCUAAAGUUAAUAAGGAAGCCCAAGAACCUGCGGUAGCUGAAAAUUCUAACAACCCGGAAGAAGCAGUCUCUUCAAGCAUGCAAACUUCCGAUAAUGCUGUCCCAGAAAAAUCUGUUACAAAGCCUAGAAAGCCUCGAGCUAAAAAACAAGUACAAGAAAUUCAUCAUGAUCCUUUGUCAAUUGAAAACCUUUUAAUACAUCCACAUCAAGAACAAAAAACUGCACCAGUCAUUUCUGAUGUUAGUGCUGUUUCUGAGGUCGUAAAUGAGAAAAAGCCUCGGAAACCAAGAACCAAAAAACAACAACCACAUUCAGGUUCAUUAGCAAUCGAUAAUCUUUUAAUCCAUACUUCACAAGAACCUGAAAGUGUUUCAGUAAUUCAAGAUUCCACAGAUGCAUUAAAGAAACCAAUAAUGGUUAGAAAUGGAAAUCAUCCAUUAGAGGAGUCAACUCAUCAGGAGGUUGAUACAUCCAGUAAACCACCUGAAAUUGUUACUAUUCCUCAAGAGUUGCCUGUGAAAAAGCCUAGGAAACCUAGAACCAAAAAACAAGAAAUUCCAAACCUUCAAUCUGAUAUUCCUGAUAAUCUUCUUGCUAAUUCUAGCAUUCAUCAAUUAACAAAUGUUAAAAUUAAACCGAAUGGACCUAAUGAAAUUUUAGAAAUUAAUAAUCCUAAAGAUAUAUCUUCAGAAAAAGAAAAAGAUGAUGUUAAUACACAAAAUAAGCAUGUUGAUGAACCUGGAAGGAAAGUGCCCACUAAGAGAGGCCGUCCACGGAAGGUUGAUAUCAAAGGUUCAGUAAAUGAAAAUGAUAGUUUAGUGGUGCAUACAGAGGAUGUUUCACCUAAAAGUCCUAAUCCUAAGAGAGGAAGGCCACGAAAAGAAAAACCAUCAGAGAUUUUACCUGAUGGAAAUAGUUCCGAGUCACCUAUAAAUAUUGUAAUGAAAGAAAACGACGAAUCUACUCAAAAGGCUUCAUCUAAGCGUGGUCGACCUAAAAAGGUGAAACAAGCCGAGACCGUUCAUAAAGAAGAACUUUUAGUUAAACCUCCGGGCACAAAUAUUAUUGAAGAAAAGAAGGAUGAAGAAAUUAAAUCUUUAGAAAUACCUAAGAGGCGGAGAGGUAGACCGAAGAAGUUAACUCAAGAUAUAACUUCAGAAAAUGUUCUUCCGCAUGAAGAUAAAACCGGAGAAAUAAAAAAAAAAUCCCUGACUGCACAACAGUCCGAUAUCAAAUCGGAGGGAUCUCAACCUUAUUAUGGUGAAAUCAUGAAAGAAAAAGCUGUUAAGGAUGAGGCUAGUAGCGACGAUGACAGUGAACAGGAUUCGCCAGUAGAACUAACUAGUUUAGAAAUUAUGAAAAAGCGACUUGAGACUUUGCAAAAACUCCGCGAACGAAGGGAUCAAGCUGAACAAAUAAAUAGAAAGGAAACUUAUGAAGAACAUCAACGUAAAAAGAUAAAUACGAAGGAAACGAUUCGAAAUGAUAGAAAACGGGAAGAAGCAGAAAAGCUGCUUGCGCGAAAAGAAGCCGAAGAGAAAGGGGAAGAUUAUGAACGCAAACAAUAUUGGAAUUAUUCAGUAGAAGAAGUUGAAAAAUGGGAGAAGAAACAAGAAAGGAAGCAUAAACAUGCUGACAUUGAAUUCACAGAUCGCGCGUUAUACAAUGAGCAGAAGGCAGCUUCUAUGUCUUCGAACGUCUUUUACAGGGAUGCAAAUUCUCUCCAAUAUGCAGGAGUGGAAAAUUCUCCCAGUAAAGAAGCAGUUGAUCGUCUUACGGAAGAUGUUAACAAUCAGAUUGCAAAGCGAGAGAAAUUUUCGCGACAAAAACCUAUUAAUGAUGAUGAUGACAUCACAUAUAUUAACGAGCGUAAUAGAAGAUUUAAUGAUAAAAUUGGAAGAUUUUAUGAUAAAUAUACUCAAGAGACUAGGGAAAAUUUCGAGAGGGGUACCGCGAGUUCCAAUCAAUGGUGGGUUGAAUAUAUUUCUGAAUAUGAAAUUGAGAAUUUUACAAUUAAAUAUUCAAAAAAGCAAACCGCACGUAAAUCAACUGGAGGUAAAGCACCACGAAAACAAUUAGCUACCAAAGCCGCCAGAAAAAGUGCACCAGCAGCUGGAGGAGUUAAGAAACCUCAUCGAUAUAGACCCGGAACCGUGGCGUUGAGAGAAAUUAGAAGAUAUCAAAAAUCCACCGAAUUACUUAUUCGAAAGUUACCAUUCCAAAGAUUAGUACGUGAAAUUGCACAAGAUUUUAAGACGGAUUUAAGGUUCCAAAGUUCGGCUAUUGGAGCAUUACAAGAAGCAGCAGAAGCUUACCUAGUAGCUUUAUUCGAAGAUACAAAUUUGGCAGCUAUUCAUGCUAAACGAGUUACCAUCCAACCUAAAGAUAUUCAAUUGGCGAGAAGACUUCGGGGUGAAAGAGUUUAA